AUGGUUUGUUGAAAAGUUAAUGUGCGUUUGUCAGAGCAGAGAGCUCUAAUGGUCACCAUGGAGCGAGCCUCAAUCGUACUCGCUGUCUUUGGAUCUUUACUUCUCUGUGUCUCCUCAGUGCCAGCCAAGAAGGAACGAGAAAUCGAUAUCUACAGCUUCCACAUCAACUCGACAGUAACCAGCCGCUACGCCAUCACAGUCAUUACGAGCCGUGUGGCGAACCGACUCAACGAGUCCAGAGAGGUUCAUUUCCAGGUCAAGAUUCCAAAAAAUGCUUUCAUCAGCAAAUUCAAGAUGUUAAUCGAGGGAAAGACGUAUGAUGGUGUUGUGAAGAAGAAAGAAGAGGCACAGCAGCAGUACAGUCGAGCAGUAUCUCGAGGAGAAAGUGCCGGGAUUGUCAGUGCAGUAGGAAGGACGCUGGAGGAGUUUAAAACCUCAGUGACGGUGGCAGCUUUGAGUAAGGUGACCUUUGAACUCACCUAUGAAGAGCUGCUAAAGCGACGACUCAGCAAAUACAAGUUACAAAUCCACGCGCAACCAAUGCAGCCUGUGGCAGAUUUCAAGAUUGACGUCUAUAUUAAUGAGCAUCCAGGUCUUUCCUUCCUGGAAGUCAAAGGAGGGCUGAAGACUCAGGAGCUCUCCGGGGCUGUGAUCAGCACUCUGGCCGAGUCGACCAAAGAGGCAUGGGUCAACUUUUACCCCACACGCGAGCAGCAAACACAGUGUGAAGGUUGUGGAGAAAAUGGACUAAACGGAGACCUGCUCAUAGAGUAUGACGUGAAGAGACCACAUCAAAGUGGAGAACUUCAGGUAUUAAAUGGAUAUUUCGUCCACUACUUUGCACCCACGGAUAUUCAACAAAUCCCAAAAAAUGUGGUUUUUGUCAUUGAUCGCAGUGGCUCUAUGAGUGGCAGGAAAAUUGAGCAGACUCGUGCUGCGAUGUUGAAGAUUUUGGGAGAUCUCGCUCAGAAUGACUACUUUGGCCUGAUCAAAUUUGACUCUGCAGUUGAGGUCUGGAAAAAUGAACUGCUGCCAGCCACAGAGGAGAAUCUGAACAAGGCAAAGACCUUUGUGAAGAAAAUUAAUGAUCGUGGAGCCACGGACAUCAACGCUGCAGUGCUGAAGGGGGUGGAGAUAAUCAGGAGGUACCCCCGAGAGGGCUCAGCCUCCAUCCUCAUCCUGCUCACUGACGGAGAUCCCACUUCUGGUGAAACAAACACAGGAAGAAUUCAGGAAAAUGUCAAAAAGGCCAUUGGUGGUAAAUUUCCACUUUACUGCCUGGGGUUUGGAUUUGAUGUCAACUUUGAUUUCUUGGAGAAAGUGGCACUGGAAAACGAUGGAGUUGCUCGCAGGAUCUACGAGGACUCAGAUGCUGACCUCCAGCUGGAGGGUUUCUAUAAGGAAGUGGCCACGCCGCUCUUAACUGACGUCCAACUGAAAUAUACCGGAGCAUCAAACCUCACCCAGACCAGUUUCAGGCAGUAUUAUAACGGCUCAGAGAUCGUGGUGGCUGGACGAAUCACAGACAACAGUCUGGAGACUUUCCAAACCGAGGUCAUCGCCAUUUCAAAAAACGCAAACGUAACAUACCAGGACUCCGUGUCGACAAAAGAUGUCAGCGAAGUUUUACCACAACAUGAAAACUUUAUUCAGAGACUGUGGGCUUAUCUUACAGUGAAACAGCUCCUGGAGAAAGAAGUGGCGCUCAAAGGGGACGAGAAAGAAGCAGCCAGGAAAGGAGCUCUGGAUCUCUCUCUGAAAUAUGAAUUCGUGACUCCGCUCACCUCCAUGGUGGUCACGAAACCGCGGGAGGAGGAUACACAGGUCGCCCACAAACCCAAAGAAGGGGCGGAGCCGCACAGACAUUCUGGCAAUACAAGACGCCAAAAAAGAAGUCCUCACAAGCAUAAACUACUACGAACCAGUCCACGAUCAGGACGAGUAUUAAAAACAGCACCACAACCAACACUGCUGGCAACAUUCAUCAGCGUCACUGGAACACCUCCCACGUCUCCCCCUGCAGUGAGUGGAGUGAAGUUCUUAAUCUCUGCAAAGCCAAAACAGAUCUGUUAUUACACACCUGGAGGCCAGAAACUCCGCCUCCUUUUGGACACCUCAUCAGAUAUCUCUAUAAAUGGAGAACUCUCAGAUAAAGGCUUCCAGCUCGUUGUUUUUCAUUAUAAAACGGCUAAGCUUUCCGUGAGCCCUACUGAAAGUGUCUACUCUGACAGCGAGAACAAUGUGAAGUUUGUCUGGGGGCAGUCGGAGCCCAGCAGGCACGAGUCACACGGAGUGGCAAUAUUUCAAAGGAGCAAUGAAUUAGACGUCACCUUGGGAAGCGUGCGUGUUGUUGUCCUCCUUCAUAAGAAGGACGGAGUCGUGUUUCUGUGGCCUGUUGCUCAUCAACAAGCAAAUAAUGCAAACGUUCAAGGCAUUCUGGGAAAAACUGAUCUUCAGUAUGAGAAGUUACCAGGAUCAAAGCUCAAAAUCAAGGACCAGGAAGUUGAGGCAUCUCAGAGCUCUGCCAUCGACUACAGAUUUCCUGCAGCCCCGAGUGUGGACUGUUGGCUUGUACCAUUCCAGUCUGCCCUGCAGGGGGAGCUUUCUGACUUCACCAUCUCAACGCUGUAG